AUGUGGGGCAGCGACCGCCUGGCGGGUGCUGGGGGAGGCGGCGUGGCUGUGACGGUGGUCUUCACCAAUGCUCGCGACUGCUUCCUCCACCUGCCUCGGCGCCUCGUGGCUCAGCUGCACCUGCUGCAGAACCAAGCGAUUGAAGUAGCCUGGGGUCAGCAGCCUGCCUUCUUGAGCUGGGUGGAAGGCAGGCAUUUUAGUGACGAAGGUGAAAAUGUGGCCGAAAUUAACCGACAAGUCGGACAGAAACUUGGCCUUUCCGAUGGGGGGCAGGUUUUUCUCAAGCCCUGUUCUCAUGUGGCGUCUUGUCAGCAAGUUGAGGUGGAGCCCCUCUCUGCAGACGAUUGGGAGAUACUGGAGCUGCAUGCUGCUUCCCUUGAACAGCAUCUUCUCGAUCAAAUCCGCAUCGUUUUCCCGAAGGCUGUGUUUCCUGUUUGGGUUGAUCAGCAGACUUACAUUUUUAUCCAGAUUGUUGCACUACUGCCACCUGCCACCUAUGGAAGGCUGGAAACUGACACCCAUCUCCUUAUUCAGCCAAAGACACGCCAAGCCAAAGAUAGCAUGCUUCCAAAAGCAGACGGUUCACAAGGAAGCGUUGAGAAUGACGGAAGAGACCAACAACGAAUAAGGAGAGAGCUUCAAACCAAACAACUUCCGUCCAGCUCUGUCGGAGUCACCGGGCCUCUGGAGGCAGAGCCAGGGCCCACGAUGGACUCAUCCUCAGCACCGAGCUUGUGGAUGAAGAUAGGGAGCCUUUUUUCUUUUGGAUCUGAGAAGAAACAAGAGCCAUCCUGGGGAUGGACUGAAAUAAAUGCAUUCAAAGAUAUGCAGUCCAAGGUGGUUCCUCUAGACAAUAUUUUCAGAGUAUGUAACUCUCAGCCUCCCAGUGUACGUCACAGGUCACCAGCAUCUGCGUUUCACACACACCAUGCCGUUCAUGUCUUCCCAUGGGACCAGGAGUAUUUUGAGGAGGAGCCCAGCCUUACCGUGACCUAUGGGAAAUUAGUUAAGCUACUGUCUCCGAAACAACAACAAAGAAAAACUAAGCAGAUGUCAGAACCACCAGAUCAAAAACAGACUAGCUCCGACCAUGGUCAAGAAGCUGGUAAGACUUGUGUGCUGCAGGUAGUCUGGAAUGGACUUGAGGAAUUGAAGAAUGCCAUAAACCAUACCAAACACGUAGAAGCUCUCCAUCUUGGUAAAGUCUGGAUUCCAGAUGACCUGAGAAAGAGACUAAAUAUAGAAAUGCAUGCAGUAGUCAGAAUCACUUCAGUGGGGAUGAUCCCCAAACUGCCGAGAUCACUCAGAUUACAACCUAGAGAGAACUUACCUGAAGAUGUGAGUGAAGAAGACGUAAAGACUGUGUUCCAGUCAUGGCUCCAGCAGUGUACUGCAACCACACGUCCUUUGAUAAUAUCGGAGGAAGAAGAUAUAAAGCUGGAAAUUAAUAAUGAGCUGAAGGAGUUUUCUCUGAAAAUGGUCCAUUCAUGGGAAAAUGAAAAAGAUAAAACAAGAGAUGUUUUUUUGCUGAGUACCAACCUACUGCAGAAGACCACUACACAAGUGCUUCUAGAUCCUCUUGUCAAAGAAGAAAACAGUGACGAAGCUGACCUCGCGGUCCCUUGUUUAAAGCUGACUUCAUUGGGAGGGGUGAGCGCCGUAGGCGGGUCCUCCUUGGAGCACGUCACGCAGAGCCUCCUGGGUCGCCCUCUGUCGCGGCAGCUGAUGUCCCUCGUGGCCGGGCUUAGAAAUGGAGCCCUGUUGCUCACCGGAGGAAAGGGGAGUGGAAAAUCAACCUUAGCUACGGCAAUCUGUCAAGAAGCAUUUGACACACUGGAUGCCCAUGUGGAAGUAGUUGACUGUAAAACUUUGCAAGGCAAACGACUGGAACACAUACAGAAGUCCUUCACGGCAGCUUUCUCAGAGGCAGCGUGGAGGCAGCCAUCCGCCAUCCUGUUGGACGACCUCGACCUGGUGGUGGGGCUGCCCGCCCUCCCUGAGCACGAGCACAGCCCUGCCACGGUGCAGAGCCAGCGCGUCGCGCACGCAUUGAACAAUAUGAUAAAAGAAUGUAUUUCCACGGGAAGUUUGGUUGCACUGAUUGCCACAAGCCAGUCCCAGCAUUCUCUGCAUCCCGCACUUGUUUCUGCCCAGGGAGUCCACGUGUUCCAGUGCUGUCAGCAUAUCCAGCCUCCUACGCAGGAGCAAAGAUGUGAGAUUCUUCAUAGUGUAAUGAAAAAUAAACUAGAUUGUGAUGUGAAGAAGUUUCCUGAUCUAGACUUGGACCUUGUCGCUAAAGCAACAGAAGGGUUUGUAGCUAGAGAUUUUACAGUGCUUAUGGACCGAGCCAUCCAUUCCCGUCUCUCUCUCCAGAGUCUGUCGUGCAAGGAAGAAUUAGUCUUAACAACACUGGACUUCCAGAAAGCUCUCCAUGGAUUUACUCCAGCAUCUCUGCGGAACGUCAGCCUGCAUAAGCCUAGAGACCUGGGCUGGGAUAAGAUUGGUGGAUUGCAUGAAGUUCAGCAGAUCCUCAUGGAUACUAUCCAGUUACCAGCCAAGUACCCAGAAUUAUUUGCAAACUUGCCCAUACGACAGAGAACAGGCAUACUAUUGUAUGGUCCUCCUGGGGCAGGGAAAACCUUGCUGGCUGGGGUAAUUGCACGAGAGAGUGGAAUGAAUUUUAUUAGCAUCAAGGGGCCAGAGUUACUCAGCAAAUAUAUUGGAGCAAGUGAGCAAGCUGUUCGUGAUAUUUUUAUUAGGGCGCAGGCAGCAAAGCCCUGCCUCCUUUUCUUCGAUGAAUUUGAGUCCAUUGCGCCUCGAAGAGGACACGACAACACCGGCGUGACAGACCGAGUCGUUAACCAGCUGCUGACCCAGUUGGACGGCGUCGAAGGCUUACAGGGUGUUUAUGUACUGGCUGCCACCAGUCGCCCUGACUUGAUUGACCCUGCCCUGCUGCGGCCUGGUCGACUGGAUAGAUGUGUGUACUGCCCUCCUCCGGAUCAGGGCGCCCGUCUUGAAAUCCUGCGCGUCCUCAGUGACUCUCUGCCGCUGGCGGCCGACGUAGACCUUCAGCACGUGGCAUCGGUGACGGACUCCUUUACCGGAGCCGAUCUGAAAGCUCUGCUCUACAAUGCCCAGCUGGAGGCCUUACAUGGAAGGCUGCUCUCGUGCGGACACCAAGAUGGAAGUUCCAGCUCUGAUAGUGACCUAAGUCUGUCGUCGAUGGUUUUCCUUAACCACAGUAGUGGCUCUGAUGAUUCAGCCGGAGAUGGAGAAUGUGGCCUAGAGCAGUCCCUUGUUUCUCUAGAGAUGUCUGAGAUCCUCCCAGAUGAAUCGAAGUUCAAUAUGUACCGACUCUACUUUGGAAGCUCCUAUGAAUCAGAACUUGGAAACGGAACCUCAUCUGAUUUGAGCUCACAGUGUUUGUCUGCACCAAGCUCCAUGACUCAGGAUUUUCCUGGAGCUGCUGGGAAAGAACCAUUGUUUUCACAACCUCCGAUGUUCAGGGCGGCGUCACAGGAGGGCUACCCCGAAUGGACACAAGAGCACAGAGAGCAGCUGAGGACAGAGAUCAGCAUCAUCAAGGGCAGAUACCGGAGUCUGAGUGGCGAAGAUGAACCCAUUAACCAACCAAGACCAGUGAAGGCCAGUCUGGCUAUUAGCCAGUCUCACUUAAUGACUGCACUUGGUAACACACGGCCGUCCAUUAGUGAGGAUGAUUGGAAGAAUUUUGCUGAGCUGUACGAAAACUUUCAAAAUCCUAAAAAGCGAAAAAAUCAAAGUGGAACAGUAUUUCGACCUGGACAGAAAGUAACUUUAGCAUAAAAUAUAUUCCUGAUUUUGGUUACUUGUAACAAUAAAAAUGGUGUUUGUGUAAUUUCUUUUUCAUUUAACGAAUCAGGUUAAUUUAUAAAAUCUCAGAUUGGUUAAUGCUGUGAUCAUGUACUGAUCCAUCUUACUUGAGAUAAUGCUAUAGAAUAAUGGGAUAUUUAUAACAGAUUGUGUAUUUUAUUUCCUAUAAGUCUAUAUUAAAUCUUUAAGGAAAUUACAA